AUGAGUUUGAAUAAUUCUUACGGCCCUUAUACCCGCUCAAAACCAAUGCCAGAGGAAGAAUCUCGCCCUUUAACUCCUCAACCUCAAAGACGUCAAUUAACUGACGAAGAGUUAAUUAACGAAACUUUGUCAGAUAUUGCAAGAACAACCUCGAAAAUUGAUGAAAUUUCAGCAGAAAAUGCCCAAGCACAUAUUAGAUGCAUGAAGUUACAACAUACACUGGCUUCCGUAACAAAAGCUCUCGAAAAAAACAUAGAUUGCAUACAAAAAGUUUGCGAAAAGCAAGAAGCUGAAAAUGCUAGAUUGAGAGAAGCUGUUUCUAAAAAAGUCGCAUGUGCUGAUAAAAUACAAGCUCUUAUUAACAAAUGCGCAAAUGCAGGAAUAGACGUUUAUGAUAUUCCUGGGCUAGAUCACGAUACCCUCGCACAAUAUUUCGAUAUACCAGAACCUGUUGAUUUUAAUUCAAGAAUGGAUCCAAUGAUUCGUUCAAUUGCUUCUUCUUAUCCAGUAUUUAAACAAUGCGAAUCAAAUAAGGACUUCAUUAAUAAAUGUCGCGAAAUUAAAGCAGAAUUAGAGAAAGCGGAAGAACAAAGGAAGUCAAGAAAGACAACUAACGAUCCAAAUGAAAUCAUGGCUCUUAGAAAACAAUUGGCAUUACUCCAACAAUCGAAUAGCGCUACACAGGCAAGAAUGGCUAAAGAAUUAAAUAUUUUACUCGAACAAAAAUCCGAAUUAAAGAAUAAAUUAGAUGGAAUGCGAAAACUCAAGCAAAGCCAUUCUGCUGGCUCUUCUAUGAUAUUCCACUCCUCAAUUUAA